AUGAAGCAAUUUCAAGAGUGUGAAGGCUGCGACGAGGGUGAUGUUGAGUUAGCUAACUGCAUUGAGUGUGGGCGCCGUCUGUGCCGUCUGUGUUUGAGCUGCGCUGGGCAGUGUGCCGAUUGUGCAGCAAAGGCUAAACACUCGGCUCUGGAGUGUGCCUUAUGCAGGAAUAGGGAAAAGGAGCUUUGCUGCUGUGCCGUAUGCCACUCCAUGUUCUGUGGGGCGUGUGUACUUCAGCCGUAUAGGAAUCGUCCCACCACCUUUCUCUGCAGGGGCUGUCAGGCGUCAUCCUCACUGGCGGGAGCGGUGACGGUGUGUGGCAGAUGUAACGAGACGAUACGAGACGAAAGCAAACUGUAUUACUGCGAGCUGUGUGCACACCCGCUAUGCCGCGAUUGCCUUCCUGCCGCCUUUGAGUGUGGUGUGUUGAAGUGUCAGACGUGUUGUCCGUCCCCUGUCCGGCUAGUGAGCAAAGACAGGCAUGCUCGAACGCUUUUAAGCGAUGAGCUGAGCUCCUUGAUAGCUUCCAUUCUUCACGAACAGCCGUCAGAUAAAUCAACAGCAGCCGUCGCAGUACCGGCAGCACCUGCAGUAACGUCCCCAGCGAGGCCGUCUGCGUUAACAAAGUCAGUGGCAAACACAACGUCCGGGGCGGCGUUCUCAAAGUAUAGGCGGUUGCGCAAGCACGAAAAGCUGGGUGAGGGGGGCCAGGGGGUUGUGUUUAAGUGUACGACAUUGGACAAUGAGGUGGUGGUUUCAAAAGAGAUGACGUUUGAUGAUAACGAGCGGGCAGUUUUUGAGGCGCGUCUGGUGCAGGCUCAAAAGAUGCGGAAGCUUUCCCACAAUCAUCUCAUACGGUACUUGGAUGUGAUUGGUACUGAGAACCCGUUGAAGAUUUGUGUUAUCAUGCCCUACUACUCAGAGGGUGACCUGUCCAAGUACAUCAGCCGGCAGCGUGGACCCAUUGAGGAGAGCACGCUUUGUUCUAUUAUUCUCCAGCUAGCACAUGCUUUGGACUACCUACAUUCCCAGAAUCCACCACUAGCACACUGUGACGUCAAACCAGACAAUAUACUUCUUCUCAACUGCGAACAAGUACUUCUUAUGGAUUUGGAUCUGUGUCAUUCUUGCGGGGUUCAGGCGAGUCUGACGAUGCGAGUACUCCACGAGUGCAAAAGGAACUCCCCGACGUUUGAGUAUCGUGCACCAGAGCUGGUGAGCUCAGCGGGAUCCACAGAGUCUGAUAUAUUUAGUUUAGGUGUUGUCGCGUUUGUUUUGGCGACGCUACCCGAGUUUGCCAUGCUCCGCAACAGCAAGGGCGCGAUGAUGGUGCUGAAUCACUCGGACUGGACGCCAGACUCCUUGGCAAGGGCUGUUCGUCGUGCUAUUCGAGAACACACAGGCGACUACCCGGAGGAGUUGAUUGAUCUCAUUAUUGAGAUGCUGCGCCACCAACCAGCGUCUCGGCCCCGGGCGUCUGAGGUCAAGGAGCGGCUUACGACAGCGAUGGCAAACCGUCUUUUGAGAUGA